AUGGAACUUUUGGUGCUGGCGCUGGUUCUCUGCAUGCUGCUGAGGUCUCACCUUGUUUUCAAAAGGAAAUUUCUUAACUUUCGGGGAAUUGCUUAUCCGAUCUAUGGACUCUUCUACACAAAGGCUUUUGAGAUUUUCUCCGAGAACGAUCGCGAAAAGAUGCGACACUCUGGCCACAUAGCCGCUUUGUGUUUCUUGCUGAUGAUGAUCAUCGAUUUGACGAUUCCGUCUGGAUGUUCGAUCUACUUCGGCAAGGCUGCG